AUGUCCAGAUGUAUUCCUGCCUUUACCUAUUUGAAAAAAUGUUCUAAUGCCCAUACUACGAGCUUCAGUAGUUAUUUAUGUAUCCAAUACCGCUUCAAUUCACAAAAUCGUCGAGGAAAUGGCAGAACUCCAUUAAUUAAUAAUAAACGAAUAAGAGGCGUUCCUGCUGAUAGAGGAGGUGCUCAAAUAGAUGAUUUAGUAGUAGCGAAGAUGGUCCUGCCAUCUAGAGUUUUAUUAGCUGGAGCUAGUGAAAUAGUGAAAGGGUUCAACAUAAGUUCAGCGGGUUCUACACUAGAUGAGUUCAGUAGGAAACCUCUAGUUAGACAAUUAGCUGCAGAAAAUGGUAUAAGUGCCAAGCUAUUCAUGCCCGCUUACACCUCGUUCAGGCAGUAUUGCUUUUCAGAUACGGGAGGAGUUGAUCCCUCUCUUCUUGCCGUUUUUCACGAAAUCCUCAUGGAUGAUCAUGAGGUGGAUAGGCUAUUCCCAUAUUUCUUAGCACAUGCUAAAAAAAUUUUUCCACAUCUUGAAGCUAUGGAUGAUUUGCGAAUCAUAUCCGAUUUAACACAACCACAUAAUUGGUAUCCUGAAGCUAGAACGAUUCAACGCAAAAUUAUUUUUCACGCCGGUCCUACGAACUCGGGCAAAACAUAUCAUGCCCUUAAGAGGUUUCGUGAAGCUAAGAGUGGAGUUUUUUGCGGUCCUCUGAAAUUAUUAGCUGCUGAAGUGUUCCAAAGAAGCAAUGAGUUGGGUUUGAAGUGUGAUAUGGUGACAGGAGAAGAACGGAGAUUUGCGGUUGAUAACCAUCAUCCAUCAGCGCAUUUAUCUUCCACUGUGGAAAUGCUAAGCACUCAAAUGCGUGUAGAGGUAGCGGUAAUUGAUGAAAUCCAGAUGUUGAGAGAUGAACAGAGAGGCUGGGCUUGGUCUAGAGCUCUAUUAGGGGUUGCUGCAGAAGAGGUUCAUUUAUGUGGUGAGCCCGCCGCUAUAGAUAUCGUGAAGAAACUCUUGGAACCAAUCGGAGAGCAUGUCGAGGUAAGGCACUAUGAUAGAAAAACACCUCUCCAAAUAUCAGAUUACGGCCUUGGAACCUUGGAUAAUAUCCAACCAGGAGAUUGCAUAGUUUGUUUCAGUCGAAAAACUAUCUUUGCACUUACCAAGAAGUUGGAAAAACUGGGUAUCAAACCUGCCGUUAUUUAUGGUGAUCUUCCUCCUGGAACAAAGCUAGCACAAGCAGCAAAAUUCAAUGAUCCCAACGAUCCUUGUAACGUUUUGAUAUCAACUGAUGCUAUAGGAAUGGGUCUAAAUUUGAAUAUCAAGAGAGUUAUUUUUGCUACUUGCACUCGUCAAGGAGAACUACUACCUAAUUAUUCAGCUCUUCAAAUUGCUGGAAGAGCGGGAAGAUAUGGAACAACUUAUGAGAACGGAAUCGCUACCACGCUGAGAAAAGAAGAUAUUGGCAUUCUAAAAGAUAUUCUCUCUCAACCGGUUCAACCUAUCAGUUCCGUUGGCAUAUCUCCCACUUUUGAACAAAUUGAGACAUUUUCUUUCCACCUACCCCAAGCAUCUUUUGUACAUCUGCUUGACUUGUUUGUAUCCGUGUGUUCAAUAUCAGAUCAUUUCUUUAUUUGCACUGUUUCGCAAAUGAGGGAAUUGGCAGAGCUGAUAGAUUACAUACAGUUACCAUUGAAGGUUCGCUACACAUUCUGUAUAUCACCCUUGAAUGUGGAUAACAAACUAUCUGCUACAGCGUUUGUCAAAAUGGCUAGAAGAUUCUCCACUGGACAGCCAUUAACUUAUGAUUGGCUUAUGGAUCUUUUAAAUUGGCCCCCUCAACCUCCCAGAAAUUUGAACGAACUUGUCAAUUUAGAAAGAGUGUAUGAAGUCAUGGAUGCCUAUUUAUGGCUGAGUCUACGUUUCCCAGAUAUGUUACCUGACGAAGAGUUAGUUCGACAGUCCACGAAAGAACUUGAUUUUAUGAUACAAGAAGGAAUAGAUCGAUUGAAUGAUCUACUAGAGGAUCCGAUGAAUGCAAAACAAGGGUCGAUGAUCAAAAAAGCUAAAGCCAGGGUUAAAACAAAAAUAGAGAGAUCAGAAAUAGAGAAUGAAUUACCUGGUAUGAAGUUACCAGAGAAAAGAAGGGGGAAGAAAAAAACAAUAGUCGAAUCUAUAAUGGAGCGGACAGGGUUAACAGAAGAAGAAGUUAAACAGCUCAAAGAGGAAUUUACGAAAAGUCGUGAUUGA